CACGUGACUAGUGAGCGAUCCACUGUUGUUACUAACCUUCUGAUAUGAUCUUGAAAUGACGUCUUUUCUGCAAAAGGUUAAAUAGUGCUUUGGAAAAAGGACAAGAUGAGCAAUCCACUUAGAGGAGAAGUUAUCAGAUUGUACAAGAAUCUUCUCUUUCUUGGAAGAGAAUACCCAAAAGGCACAGUUUACUUCAGGGAGCGGCUAAAAGCAGCUUUUAUGAAGAACAGAGAUGUCACGGACCCUGAGAAGAUUCGAAAGCUUAUUGAUAGAGGGGAAUUUGUGAUUAAGGAACUUGAGGCUCUUUAUUUCCUCCGAAAAUACAGAACCAUGAAGAAACGCUAUUAUGACCCAGAACACUGAGGCCAUCAUGUCUGUACAAUUGGCCAAAUCCUAUAUAGUGGAUAAAGCAUUUAUAAACAUUAUUAUGAUGUUUCAUUGUGUUGACAAAAAGCAUCAACUAUCAACUAAAAAGCAAAAAUUAUUUCAGGCUUAUCCUUUUUCUAUUUUAAGAUGAAUAUACAGUGUUGUUGAUGCAGUAUUGGUAUCCAUUGUACAGAUCACAAUGUGCAAAAUGCCACUUGGGUGAAAAAAACAACAACAAAAAGCAUUACCACCAUAUGAAGAGAAAUUAUCCUGAUAUGAACAAAGACUAUUCUCAACUGGCACUGAUUUGUAAAUAACACUUUAUAUGUGAUAUUUGAUAAGAGUGAAUGCGACAAUAAAUAAAUAGAUUAGGCAUAGA